AUGCACGCAACUAGGGCUUUGAGGAAGGCUGUUCGAUCCUACCUCGGGCUGCUCAAACCGGAGAAGCGCGUGAGGGAGGAGGACCAGGUCUUGCAAGAUGUCCUCCGCAAUGCGGACCAUGCAAGUCUGGCCAAAGUAGGAGUGGACAUUAAAGAUCUCCUGGCUUUGCCACAAGAUGGUGACCUCAAGGUUCUCGAUGCUGCUGAGCCCGCUGCUCCCCUUUGUGAUCGGUGUCACAACCUGAUUCAUCACCAAGUUGGCAAUCCGAUAUAUCACCCAUGCAUCGAGUCCCUGCACGAAACGAUUGAGGAGUCACCAUACAAGUACAACCAUGUCUAUCACGUCGUCGAUGCUGCCGAUUUCCCCAUGUCCGUUCUCCCAUCUAUACAUUCGCUGCUCGACGUCAUGCCGCUGCGGUCACACAACCGACGUUCAAGACGGGGGAAAUACUACGCCAAUAAAAAGACCGAGCUGAGCUUCAUCAUAACAAGGUCGGACCUCCUCGCCCCGCUAAAGGAGCAGGUCGACUCUCUCAUGCCAUAUUUGACGGAGACGCUACGAGAGGCUCUGGGAAGACGAGCGCGCGAUGUGCGCCUUGGAAAUGUACGGUGUGUCAGCGCAAAGAGAAGCUGGUGGACCAAAGAGCUGAAGGAGGAUAUCUGGAAACGAGGAGGCGGAGGUUGGAUGGUGGGUAAGGUCAAUGUUGGCAAAAGCCAGCUUUUCGAGGCCGUGUUUCCGAAAGGGCGAAUGGACUGGGAACCACCAAAGCACGAGAUCUCCGUCAACGUCUUCCCUCGCGAAGCCACAGAGCCUAUACCUGAACCUACAGAGGAGACUGGUAAAUCCGAGAACGAGGAGAGAUUAGACGACUUUUCUCUAUUGCCGCCGGUCCCUCCUGAGACAAAUUAUCCUACCAUGCCUGUGGUCUCCUCUCUCCCGGGGACGACGGCUUCCCCAAUCCGGGUGCCAUUUGGCAAUGGCAGGGGUGAGCUGAUCGAUCUACCGGGUCUCUCCCGAAGCAACCUCGAGUUGCAUGUCAAAGAAGAGCACAGGUCCUCUUUGAUCAUGAAAUCUCGUAUCAUUCCGGAACAGCAAGUAAUCAAGCCCGGGCGUUCACUCUUACUCGGCGGCUUCAUCCGCUUGACACCUCGGACCUCAGACCUGAUCAUUCUUUCAUAUGCAUUUACCCCAAUCAAAGCUCACCUAACCUCCACGGAGAAGGCCAUCAGCAUCCAGAACCAAACUGGGGAAGUCAACGUCGAAAACAUUGCUGUACCCGGGACCGGCGAAAAAACCAAACUUGCAGGGUCGUUUCCAUUGCGAUGGGAUGUGACGAAACAGCGAGCCGGCCCCAUUACCCGGCGUGAUGCAGUCAAUAUCAAGCCGGACCGCCUGCCAUAUCGAGUUCUUGCUGCCGACAUACUAAUAGAAGGAUGCGGCUGGGUUGAGGUUGUUGCGCAAGUGCGAACUAAGGAUCUGUUUGCUCCUCGCAAGCCAUCAGUCAUUAAAACAGCUAGUGGCGAUGAGCUGCUUCAGACACUAGAUUUGUCUGAGCCUAGAUCUGAGCCAGCAAGCUCCCAGGGAGAUGCAGAACCCCAUUGGCCUAUCAUUGAUGUAUUCAGCCCAGAGGGUCGAUUCAUCAAGGUCCGACCGCCAAUGAAUGCCUGGCUGUUGAACAAACCCAGGAGGACGGCGCAAUCUACAAGAACACGGCCGCGGAAGAGUAUGAAGAGAGAUAAGAAGAAUGACAAGCUAGGGCGCAGGAGAGAAUCAGCUGUUGCGGCUGGGUCCGAGGACUGA